AUGCGACCAAUGAGUCUCCUGUAUGGAGUGUGCUCUGCUACCACUGCUAGUGGUACAUCUACUAGUACCACUACAACUACAUCUGCUAGUACGGAGAGGCUUCGCCGCCUCGGUAGCACCGAAGUCUAUGUGGUGGCUUGCUUUUCGUUUGAUACAAAAGUGCAAGUGUGGAAACCAAAUUUCCAUCGUGCAGAAGACACGACCAUGGCGGACUUGCAAGUGGGCGACCGCAUUUUGACAGGCAAGGACACGUACGAACCGGUCUAUGCAUUUGGUCAUUACGCGCCCCACACUGAGGCGGAGUUUCUCACUCUUACGACUACUAGUGCUAGUGAUGCAAAUGACAGCGUAGAAAACACAACGACGUUGCAAGUGACUGGAGAGCAUUUGAUCUAUCGCCAAGGCACAGCCCACCCUCUUCCGGCCAGUGAGAUUCAAGUAGGAGACAAGCUAGAACCUCACGGUCGUACUGUACAUAAGAUUGGAUCCAUUCGCAAGAAAGGACUCUAUGCUCCUUUAGUGCCCAGUGGAUCCUUUUUGGUGGUGCAACAACAAGGCGAUCCAAGUGUUGGAAUAAUUCAAGUAUCUUCCUACGCCAUGGUGGUGGUACCACAACAGCACCCGUCCACGGGAAUGGCACAUCUACAAAAUGGAAUGCCCCUCAUGUCACAGCACGUUGCCAUUCACACGUUCCUCACACCCUACCGCAUGGUCUGUGCCACGUUCUUGUUGGGAUACUGUCAUACAUACAAUGAAAAAGGAUUGCCACACUAUGUCGACACGGGAAUUCAAAUCUUGCAGUGGGCCGACACACUUACUCUUUAUGCUCAAAUCAGUCUCCUCGGCGUGGCGCUUUUCGUCUUUGGGACUUUGAUGGUGCUGGAACACUACGGAUGGAUCCUACUGCCAGGACUUGUUUGGGGGCUCCGUCGUCGUCGUCGUCGUCGUCGUCCUGGUACUACUACCAAGACGAAAAUGGUGUAA